AUGCAUUUUUUAAAAAUUCAGCUUCUAUAUCACGUUUUCUACCAACACAUCUGCUUAUUCUCACUCCAUCACCCAAAGCAAUCUCUAGGUAGAAAUUUUUUUUUUUCCUUAAAAAGGAAGUCAGCAGAAGUUUUAACUUAUUUUAUACAUUUAAAGGGCUUUCCUGGUGGUUCAGAUGGUAAAGAAUCCAUCUGCAAAGAACCCAGGAGACCUGGGUUCGAUCCCUGGGUUGGGAAGGACCCCUGGAGGAGGGAUGGCAACCCACUCCAGUAUUCUUACCUGGAGAAUCCCCCACCAUGGACAGAGAAGCCUAUAGUCCAUGGAGUUGCAAGGAGUCAGACACAACUAGGCGUACACACACAUACACAUUUAAAGAACAGAACUGUGCAGAAGGGAUGA